UGCACUUUCCCUUGGCUUCCUAUAACGCCGCGCACUGCUGCCGAUGGAGGACGCGACGCUUCGUUUUGGAACAAGACGCUAGUUUUCAUUGAACCAGGGUUCGGAUGUGAUCGAUCUGAAUUUGCUAUAGUCAGAAUGAUAAAACACGGACACAAUGAACCCAUAAUAAUCUUUGCGUAAGGCGUCGUUACACAAUUGCAUGGAUUGAACCAGCGCGUAAUUCUGUAAGCGGGUACACCGGGACAGGCGCACUUGUCUCGGACUCUAUAUGGAGGGGUGUCGGGAUGGCUUGCACCAGGAGAACCAAAACUUUGGUGUCUACGUGUGUGAUACUGAGUGGUAUGACCAACAUCGUGUGUCUUCUGUAUGUCGGAUGGGUUACUAAUUACAUUGCUAAUGUGUACAUCAAAGUGCCGAUGCCAGUUCCGGCCAAAAAGUUGGAGGGCGAUAGGAAAGGAGAAACUCUGCGGAUUAUAGAGAGACUGGACCGACUGGAGAAUGUUGUUAACCAGCACAUACAAGAAUCCCCGCUGAAAGGAGAUGACAAUCAAGAAGAUCGAUCUUUUUCGGACUCGUCCUUGUUCAGUCACUGGGGCCAGGAUCUGGGGCCAGAGAGCCGCAGGGUGGCACUGAAGAUGUUUCAGUAUUACGGUUACAACGGUUACCUCAGCGAUCGCCUCUCUAUGGACAGACCCAUCCCAGACUACAGACCUGAUGGGUGCAAAAAUAUCUCUUACCCCUCCAACCUACCCCAGGUUAGCAUAGUCUUCAUCUUUGUAAAUGAGGCGCUCUCCGUUAUUCUACGUUCCAUCCAUUCAGCUAUGAACCGAACCCCACGCCACCUGCUAAAAGAGAUCAUACUGGUGGAUGACAACAGCAAUAAUGAUGAGUUAAAGGAGAAAUUACAGGACUUUGUCAAGGAGACCAACGGCAAGCAGCCCGGCUUCAUUAAAGUGGUGCGGCACAGUAAGCAGGAGGGGUUGAUCCGCUCGCGUGUCAGUGGCUGGAGAGCCUCCUCUGCCCCUGUGGUGGCCCUGUUUGAUGCCCACGUUGAGUUCAACACUGGCUGGGCUGAGCCAAUCCUCCAAAGAAUCAAAGAAGACAGAACCAGGAUUAUAUCUCCAUCUUUUGACAAUAUCAAAUAUGACACAUUCGAGAUUGAGGAGUACCCGCUGUCCGCUCAGGGGUUUGACUGGGAGCUGUGGUGUCGGUACCUGAACCCGCCAAAAUCAUGGUGGAACUUAAACAACAGCACUGCGCCAAUCAGGAGUCCUGCCCUGAUUGGCUGUUUUGUGGUGGACAGGCAGUACUUUGCCGAGAUUGGCCUGCUAGACGAAGGCAUGGAGAUUUAUGGAGGAGAGAACGUGGAGCUGGGUGUAAGGGCAUGGCAGUGUGGAGGAAGCGUGGAGGUGUUGCCCUGUGCUCGUAUCGCUCAUAUCGAGCGUGCCCACAAACCCUACACGGAGGAUCUUACCGCCCAUGUGCGCAGAAAUGCUCUUAGGAUGGCCGAAGUGUGGAUGGAUGAAUUUAAGAGCCACGUCUACAUGGCCUGGAACAUUCCACAGGAGGACUCAGGGGUCGACAUCGGUGACAUCACAGAAAGGAAAGCAUUGAGGAAAAGGCUGCAGUGUAAAACGUUUCGCUGGUAUCUCGUGAACAUUUAUCCUGAGAUGAGAAUGUACACAGACACCAUCGCAUAUGGAGUGCUGAAGAACUCUUUAAAGAGUGACUUGUGUCUCGAUCAAGGGCCUGACACAGACAACAUUCCAAUCCUUUACCUCUGUCACGGGAUGACACCUCAGAAUGUAUACUACACCAGCACUCAGCAGUUAUUUGUGGGCAUCUUGAGCCCCACCAUUGAUGACGAUGAUAACAAGUGCCUGGUGGAUGUGAACAGCCGACCUCGACUCAUCGAAUGCAGCUACGCUGUUUCCAAACGCAUGAAACUCCACUGGCGCUUUACUCAGGGAGGCUCCAUCCAGAACACAAAGUCAAAGCGAUGCCUCGAACUCGUGGAGAACAGUGACAAUGAAUUCGGAUAUCAGCUGACCCUCCAAAAAUGCACAGGCCAGACAUGGACCAUCACCAAUCUGUUGCCUGGCAGCACCUUAUGAUGGUACCGUUGAGAACAUCGAGAAAUGAACUUGAAGCUUAAACACCAGGAUGUCUUUAUUCGACGAUGACAUCAUAUGAUAAAUGUUAAACAUUUUUCCUAUAGCUACUGUACUCGUGCAUAUUGAUCAGCCACAUUUGGCAGAUAUGGCAUUGUGUGUUAUGAGGUUUUACACUGUAAUGAGAUAUACUCGAUUGUGUCUUGACUUGAAGGUUGUAUCGACUCCAGUGCGUGCACACGGGGCCGUAAUUGCUACCGUGUAGCAAAGCUUUGGCAACGUUCUUGCUGUAUUUCUUUCAAUCUAGUGUCUCAGGUUUGUAGGUUGAGAUUAUUUUGAAAUAACACUGUACAUUUUGGGGACAUGCCAAUAUGUUGGAACAUAUCUAGAUACAAUCAGCUGUUUUAUAUCUACAUGUAUAGUAUCAGUAUUUAUAAUUCAUGGCAGU